AUGGAGCAGUUUGACGCAGGCAUGCGGACAGCCGAUGAAUAUCGUGGAGUGACAGACGGCCAGCUCAGCAAAGGACGGGCAGACCAGCAAGUCGGAAAAGGGCAUGCGGGUGAUUGGCCGCCAAUUGUUAUAUGGGUACUGACAAGACAGACCGUGGCUGAGGCGGCAGCAGACCGAGAGUACAAACGUAACAGUCCUCAGGAUCUCCUUCUGGGCGUAGUGAAGGCUAAGCGAAGCGAAUGGAUGCCAUACUCCUGCACCGUCUCACCGAACAUGCCAGACUUGUCAUGGCCCCCAUCCCGGCAUGUGCAGACCGAUGAACCAGGACAGCCAUUGUAUUCUACCUGCGGUGUCCGUCACGGUGUCUAG